AUGAACGGGCUCGGCUACUCGAAUGCCUCGCGGUCGCUGCUGAGGGCCGCGAGGGGCAUCUCGAGACAGGCUGCGGCAUGCUCAAUUGCCACCAGCGCAGCCAACGCUGCAGCCUCAAGAUGGAUCUCGUGCUGCUCCUCGCAGGCUUCAGGCAAGGGCGCGCCGAGGCAGACCGAAUGGCCAGGUCUCAAGGCCUGUCGGCGGCUUGACGGCGGCCGCCGGACAUUCUUUGCGCCUAAGACGAUCCGAGACUACGAAGAGCUGCCCAAGGACUACCGCGACCAGACCGGGCUCGCUUUCGGCCCCAGGGACCUGUCCGAAGCAGAGGUGGACAGGAUAUUCGGCAAGGGCUUCGGCGCCAAAAGAGCAAACCACCUGCUGCGCAUCUUGCAUGGCAGGAGGGUGGCUGGCACGCUGGAGGACCCUGCGUUUGCGAUACACACGGCGCAGUUCUCGGACGAAGAGAUAGCCAGGGCGUUGGCGUAUCUGCGGAAAACGGUGCCGGUGGAGGAGAUUCGGAACGCGGGCCUUCGAGCCGAAGACGAGCUGGAACAGAUGGAGCUAGAGAUGCAGAAAGCGGCUGAGAAGAAGGCCAAGGCGAGCAAGAAGGACAGCAAGGAAGACCAAGAGGAAGAGGAGGGGGAGGAUUCCGCCGAUGUGUACAAGCCCGAUCCCAUCUACGGACGCUCCAAAAUCGACGAGAUGCGAGCCCGCAACAGAGCCAGAGAAAAAGCCAGAGAAAAGGCUCUCGAAGAGGAGCGCAAGGCAAAGGAAGCGGUCGAGGGCAUCUCAGGUCCAUUGGCGAAGCCAGAAAACCAAGUCCGAGAAAUCACCAACCCUCGCGUGGCGGAAUACUACAAGGCUGCUCAGUCCGACCUCGAGGCGCCGCCGGAGAUGAAGCCCUGGGAGCGGAUUCUGCCGUCUGCCACCGUGGUGGCCCUGGUGCUGGGCUUCAUCGCCGCCGUCGCCAUGGUCUACGAGGAGCCGGCGCCGCGGUACAGGCUGUUCCGGGAGGUGUCGACGUCGCACGCUACCGUGGGAGCCCUCAUCGCCAUCAAUGCCCUGGUAUAUCUGGGCUGGAGGAUACCGCCGCUGUGGUCUCUCUUCAACCGCUACAUGAUCUUUGUCGUGGCCACUGUCCGACCCAUUACGCUGUUCACCGCGGCGUUUUCGCAUACCAAGCUUAGCCACCUGUUGGUCAACAUGGUGCCCCUUUGGUUCGUCGGAACGUGCCUGCACGACGAGAUUGGACGCGCGGACUUCCUCGCCCUCUAUCUCGGAUGCGGCUCGGUGGGCUUCCUCGGCAGCUUGAUCACGUACACGCUCAGGGGCUGGCUGACGGUAACGUCUCUCGGCGCGUCGGGCGCAACGCUGGGGCUGUGCUCGGCCUACUUUUGGGAGCAUCGCACGGAUGGCUUCAAGAUCUUUGGGCUGCCGCAGGAUGGUGUCCACGGCAUCGUCUUUCUGGCGCUCAUCGCGGCGGUGCAGUUGACCGGCCUGGGGAAGACGGUGAAGCUUAAGGUGGACAUUGCUUCCCAUAUCGCCGGUAUGAUUGCUGGUAUUUUGGGGAUUGAGCUCCUGAAUAGGACAGAGAGGAGGAAGACGCCGCCGGGAGAAGACAAGGCCGUGAUAGACAUUUUGUCUGGGGAGACGGAGAACCGCGAGGCAGUAGUAGCUGACGAAAGGAAGUAG